AAAUAGCAGCAGAUGGUAUAGAACUGUCACGAGCAGCGACUUAACCUGCUCCCCCACGUUGCCAGUCCCCACUCACUCGUAUCAUUUUUCUUAAAGCUUGAUCUUCGUGACAACCCUAUGAGGACAGAGAUCACGCUGUCCCUUGCUGGAGAAGAGGAUGGAGGCCCUUGUUCUAAACCCAAACUCUCAGCAUGCUUUAUCCUGCACCACGAGCUCCUGGCAGCAUCCCUGGCACCUGAAUAGCAGUUGGCUGGAAAAGGUCGGGGAAAGAAAUUCCAGCGGCCUCGUGGACGUCAGGCAUGGCAUCUGUAUUCUACCGCGAGCCACUUUCCGCAACCGUCGGGAAACGGAUGAUUGCCACAGGUCCAGAUUAUAUAAAGGAUCAUUUACCUAAAAUUCAUCAGCACACUUCCUAUAUCGGAGAAAAGCGUCCAGUGUUGGAGAAAACUGGAGAUCUCCAAUAUUUAUGGAGGCCUGCCUCAAACCUGAGCUUCCCAGCAAAAUAUAAGCAUGAAUAUGUCGGUGGAGUUGGAUGGGGAGUACAAGAGUAUAAUUUCAUCAACAAAUCGAGACUGGAGAGUGGCUUUCAUAUCAAGUAUGGAGAUUCAAGUAUAGCUGCUCUGGAUAAAAUAACUCACAGAUAUCAAAAUCCAUGGCAACCCGCACCUUCCGUCCUGGAUAAACAAGGGAAAUACAGCCGUGGUUUUCUCGCCUGGCACCUGAGCGACUAUGAGGACACAGAUCAGAGAAAGUCCCAGGGGGCUGCCCUCGUGAGGCAGAGGAAGUCUCCAGCCAGAGUCUCCGGAGCAGCGAAGCCACCGAAGGCGCCUCAGAAGGAAGAGGUAGGAUCCCCAAUUACUCUCCACAACCAGAAAAAAAAUGACUUGGUGAAGCAGGCAAAACGCCUAGAACGUGUAAACAAAGACGAGGGCUGCCGGGCAGGUGGGAGGAAUGCUUCCCGCGGGAGCGGAUGGAGAGCUGAACGCCGGCGCUGCAGGUGUCUUCGGGAGCAGAAGAGGGAAAGGUUCUAUGAUGCCUGUCUUUUUGGAGUGCUGGAGCUCCCUUUGAAACGGGUAACUUCAACGUCCAAAAAGACGUGCAGGUCUCCCACCAGAACAACGGUGCCUUUCAAAACGCAGACGGUCCUUUCUGGGCGCCGCUCUAGCAGAGACGAGCUCCGGCUGAAUGGGGACACGGCAGACGCGUUCCGCAGCUUUAACUUUGGUGUGGGACCUCCCCGGGGAAGGCUGCUGAGAGCCCCGAAGGCAAGGAUGAAACACUCGUACUGUUUCACACCGCACACAGGGGGCUGCUGCGACUGUGGCGUGGCGGGGCUCAGGUGCUACACUGAGUACACUGCACCAGUGGUCCGUCCCCGGCCUGCCCCUGGCUCCGUGUGA